AUGAUGGAUAUUGAAGAAGUAGAAAGAGUAGUUGUUGCCAAACCAGUUGCUUCAAGGCCAAAUUGUUCUACUUUCAAAUCUUUCUCAGAGCUUCUAGCAGGUGCUAUCAAUGCCACUCCUCCAAUUGCAUCUUCUUCUCAAACUACAACUUCUGCAAUCAGACCAAAGACAGUCAGAUUCAAGCCAACAUUGAAUCUCCCCCCUUCUCAGGCUGACGUUUUUAGAGGCGAACUUAGCAAUUCUUCUGACAUGGAUCCCAAACCUGACACCAAUCAGUCUUCUCUCAUUUACAAGCCAAUGGCGAAAUUUGUGUCACAGACAACUGUCUCUCUCUUGGCAAACAUGGGAAUUUGCAACACUAAUCAGCUACAACCACAGCAAUCAAUGGAGGCCAAUCUUCAGAAUCUAAACCAUGACAAAUUUAGAUCUAACAAAAGCUCAAAUUUUCAUCAGAACAUUACUACCCUACCUACAGAAACCCACCAGGCUACCGAACCAUGUAAGACGGCGCAACAGAACAUGGAGGAAGACCAAAAAACUUUAACACCAUCGACAGUGAAUGCGGAUAAACCUUCAUAUGAUGGAUAUAACUGGAGAAAAUACGGACAGAAGCAAGUAAAAGGAAGCGAGUAUCCUCGAAGUUAUUACAAGUGCACACAUCCUAAUUGUCCCGUUAAGAAGAAAGUUGAAAGAUCAUUUGAUGGCGAGAUUGCUGAAAUUGUUUACAAAGGCGAACACAGCCAUGGAAAGCCGCAACUUCUAAAGCGCAAUGCAGGAGCAACACAAGGAUCGGGAAUGGUUUCUGACGGAAUGGUUCAAGAUACAUUAUGGAGUAAUAAUAAUAAUCAGAAUGAAGGAAGAAUAGAGAAUCAUGUCAAAGCUUUACAGCCUAAUGAUUCUACUCUUGAAAACUCUUGUGGUUUAAGUGGGGAUUGUGAGGAAGGAAGCAAAGGAUUUGAGGCAGAUGAAGAUGAUCCUAAAAGUAAAAGAAGGAAAAGUGAGAAUCACUCGAACGAAGCGGCAGUAUCAGAAGAAGGUUUAGUAGAGCCGCGGAUCGUGAUGCAAAAUUCUGCAGAUUCUGAAAUCCUUGGAGACGGCUUUCGCUGGAGGAAAUACGGACAGAAGGUGGUGAAGGGAAAUCCAUAUCCCAGAAGUUACUACAGAUGUACUCAUAUAAAGUGCAAUGUUCGCAAGCACGUCGAGAGAGCAAUCGAUGAUCCAAAAUCAUUUGUGACUACAUAUGAAGGAAAGCACAACCAUGAGAUACCACUCAAGAACACAACAACUGUGGCAUCAUCUGAAAAGGAUUCUCUUAGUAAAGAUAAACCAUAUUGA